GGCUGCCAGCCCAACUUAGCCCCGCCCACAAAAUAAAAUUUGGUCGGGAAGUUGGGUCUGGGAUCGCUAGUUUUGGGAAAAAGUAUGUACAAACAGGAGCUGUUCGGUCCAAUCAAAUUGUCAGUGCGGGCUUUAUAAGAUGAUGGACAGAUGAUCAACAGUAAUGUAAUCAACCACGUCACCAAAGAGCGCUUGGGUUGAAUUCGUUUUCAACAAACAACAUAUUACGUUGCUCUGAUUGGUUGUAGGUCUAUCCAAUUUAGCGGAGAGGCAUUUUUUCCCGGGUUCGGUUGAAACACGCCCCAUACUCACAGCCCAACGGAGCGGUUUCAGACUCAUAUUCUGACUAUAAUUAUGAGUAUGACAACGUCAGGCUAUUAGAUCUUCUCCAUAAAUGAUACAAUCUGCUGUACACAGUAGCCUUAGUCUCAAAGCGCAGAAGUGGGAUCUUUCUGUGGCAAGCAUCAGGUUAUGAUGGUGUGUGAAAUGCGCCAGCUGGUAGGGGAGGAAUCGCUGGUCCCUCUGCCUCGAGGGACUCUGCCCAGAACGUGUGCCUGCUUCCUGGCUGCCAUGGUGGUGGCACUCCUGUUGAUGAUGGCACCUGAGGACUUCAUCGGGCUGCUUGCCACGUCGAUGCUCAUGCUGACUACGGGGCCCUUGCUGCACGGGGUUUGUCUCCUGAUGGAAGAGUGGCUGUUCCGCUCAUCUACUCGGUACCGCGGUAGGUUGCUGACAGGCCAGAUGCUGCUCUCCUGUGUGGGGGGGCGUACUCUGCUGAGCCUGGGCCUGGCAGGGCUACUGCUGGCCCUGGAGGGGGAUCAUCAGACAGAGGGGGGUCGCUGGAAACUGGUGGUGCUGCUCUCUGUCCUCUACAUCCCCCUCAAAAACCUGGAAAUACUGGGACCAUGUCAGGUGGAGGUGUCUGCGAUCUGUGAGGAGAAGAAGAACAAUGUAGCCCACGGUUUGGCCUGGUCAUUUUACCUGGGCUACCUCAAGCUGGUGCUGCCCCCAGAUUUGGAGAAUUCAAUUGCAUCGUUCCGCACCACACACUCUGCUGGCCCGUUUGAGAAGCGGGGCUCCAGAAGACUCCUUAUACUCUUGCCCCUCAACGCCAACAUCGCUCAGAAUCUGGAGGAUGAGGACACAAACAUUCAAUUCUAUGACAACCUCCCCAACAUAGAGCUGGACAGAGCAGGGGUCAGGGGGCGGGUCUACAAGCACAGUGUCUACAGUGUAUUGGAUGAGAAUGGAAAGUCCCACCAGUGUGCCAUGGAGUAUGCCACCUCUCUCAUGACCCUCUACCAGAUGUCCCAUGAGAGCAACUCAGGUUUUGGAGAGAGAGAGCGGAGAGAGCAGGUCCUGCUGUUCUACAGAACCCUGCAGGACAUCCUGGAGCAUUCACUGGACUGCAGGAACCGCUACACACUCAUCCUUCUCAAUGACGAGCGUGAGGAUGACCCUCAUUUCCUGUCCAAGACCAUCCUCAGCCACCUGCUGCAGCAGGAGAGGGAGGAGUACUGUCUGACCCCACACCCCCACCAAGAUGUUGGCCAUAUAUUGACACCUGCCCAGCCAGGGGGCGGCCACCAGUGCAGUGAUGCACCAAUGAGCGUAGACCCUGAACUCAUGAUCAGCCAGGACCUGCCCAGGUCUCUCAAGGACCCUGUAGAGACCUCAGAUGUGUAGCGUUUAUGUGUAAACUGUGUGAGAAAUAAGAUUUCUUAUGUGUUUAGAUGAAUCACAGUCAGUAAAUCACAUAUUACCUUAUCAUCUGUUCAUUUCGUCUGUCCUAUUAUCCAUUCAUAUGUGUGUCCCUAUUGUAACCUAUUGUGUUUUGAUGACAGACAGUUCUGUGAUGUAGUAUCUGCCUGCCUUUGAAAACACUUUUUGGUUGUGUUAUCUUUGUUUUUUUCUAUUCACUGUAAACACUUUAGAUAUCGCUUCUACUACAACCUGUUCAUCUAUAUCAGAUCUAUAGGAAAAAUAAGCAAAACAAAAAAGCAUUUAGGAAUGAGCGAAGAACCUGGUGCUAGGUAACAAGAUUUAGUUUGGAAUUGGGCUGUGCCUUAGGCUUGGGAGGGAGAGAGGGAGGGAGGCA